AUGGAGACCCCUGAUCCUGCACUGGAACCUCCAAAACCCACCUUGGACAGUACCGGGAGGAGCGGCUCUGAGCUGAGUCCUUGGGUGGUGUGCAGACACCAGAGCCGGCACUUUUUUGUUUACCUGAAAGCCAGGAGCUACUGGGUCCUUGGCCUGCCCGAUGGCCACCUCUCAGGUCAGCAGCAGAGCACAGUCUCUGCUGGGCAAGAAGUGCCUCCGCCGUCUUUAUCUGUCACUCAAGCCCCGCGCAGCGUGCCCGCUAGAUAUGGACCGGACCGGGCGAGUGCCGUCACCGAGAGUCCAGCAAACCCCAGCGCCUCCGAGCCCCCUGCCGGGCAGGAGCGGCCGAGGCAGCACACGUCUUCCUUAGGGGAAGCUGCCUCCUCCCGCGGCCCGCCGGGGCCUGCGGCUUCCCGCUGCGGCGGCCCAGGGCCCGGGGACCCGCGGCUCCCACCCGCUUUACCUCCGCGAGUUCGGGUCCCGGAGGCCUCGUUCCAAUCUCUCCCGAGCAGGCGCCCACGGUGCCCUCAGUCGGCUCUAUCCGGCCCCGGGCCCCGUCCCUUUCAUCCUGGGGGCGCACUGGGAGCGCAUCCUACAGCGGAUCGGGCCAACCGAAGAGUGCGCGGGACCCGCGUCCGUGAUGGGUUUAUAGAAGCAAUUGGCCCUGCUGAUGCUAUCCAAAAACAAUUUUCUGAAGCAACUUUUGAAGAAAUAAUUGACUGCUCUGGAAAAUGUAUCCUACCAGGUCUGGUGGAUGCGCACACACACCCCGUGUGGGCUGGAGAAAGAGUUCACGAGUUUGCGAUGAAGUUGGCAGGAGCCACGUACAUGGACAUCCACCAGGCCGGAGGGGGGAUCAACUUCACCGUGGAGCGCACCCGCCAGGCCUCGGAGGAGGAGCUGUUCUGCUCCUUGCAGCAGCGGCUGCAGUGCAUGCUGAGGGCUGGCACCACGCUGGUGGAGUGCAAGAGCGGCUACGGCCUAGCCCUGAGUGAUGAGCUCAAGAUGCUGCGAGUGAUUGAGCGCGCCAGGCGGGAGCUGCCAGUGGGUAUCUCGGCCACUUACUGCGGGGCUCACUCGGUGCCCAGAGGAAAGACUGCUCUGGAAGCUGCUGAUGACAUCAUCAAUAACCACCUCCCAAAGCUGAAGGAACUUGGCAGAAACGGGGAAAUGCACGUCGACAACAUAGAUGUGUUCUGUGAGGAGGGCGUCUUUGACCUGGAUUCUACCAGAAGGAUUCUCCAAAGCGGAAAAGAGAUGGGGUUGCAGAUUAACUUCCAUGGCGAUGAGCUGCAUCCCAUGAAGGCUGCUGAGCUCGGAGCAGAGCUGGGAGCCCGGGCAGUGAGCCACCUGGAGGAGGUGAGCGACAAAGGCAUCGCUGCCAUGGCCACGGCAGGGUGCUCCGCGGUCCUGCUGCCCACCACGGCCUACAUGCUGAGACUUAAGCAGCCGCGAGCCAGGAAGAUGUUGGAUGAAGGGGUAAUAGUUGCUCUGGGCAGCGACUUCAACCCGAACGCAUACUGCUUUUCCAUGCCAAUGGUCAUGCACCUGGCCUGUGUGAACAUGCGAAUGUCCAUGCCCGAGGCCUUGGCUGCUGCCACCAUCAACGCGGCUUAUGCACUGGGAAAGUCCCACACGCAUGGAUCGUUGGAAGUUGGCAAACAGGGGGAUUUCAUUAUCAUCAAUGCAUCCAGAUGGGAGCAUUUGAUUUACCAAUUUGGAGGCCAUCAUGAAUUAAUUGAAUAUGUUAUCAUUAAAGGAAAAGUCAUCUAUAAAAAAUGAUAGAACUGGAAGGAAAGAGAAGAUAUUUCCACUGCAUCAAAUAAGUCAGUACAGCUAUUACACCUUUUGAGGUGUUUUAAAUAAGUUAAAAUUUUUAGUGGUUUACCACAACUGUGCCACUUUAAAGGUAUUUCAAUUGUUUUGUUAAUUCAGUUAACAAAACUCAAGGAGUUGAUUUAUUUGAACAUGAACAUGAACAUAUAAACAAGUAAGUCAUUAUUGUCAAAUCAUUAAAUUGUUUCACAAAGAUUGUUUACAAAAUGUUCUGAAGAUUAAUAUGAUGGGAUAUCAUAAAAAUGCCUUUGUGGGAAAACCAGACUUGGCUUGAAAUUUUUUUUAGUUUUCACAUCUCAAUUCUUAACUUUUAGGCUAUAUUUAGUGACCACUGGGGAAUGGAAGGAAAUCUGGAUGAUAUGCCCCGAAUUAAGCUAAAUAUACCUUUUUCUAAUAAGCAAAUCACAUUUUCUUUUCAAUGCUUUUCAGAUGAAUUAAUGUAUGUGGGGAUGUCCAUUUCUAAUGUCCUUUUAUUCCUAGGAAUGAAACUUCAUAGCAGAAUUGAAGACUUGUCACUUUACACAGAGGUGUGGGACCAUUUUGAUAAUAGAUGCAUUUAAUAAACUCAAAUUAUGUAAUUUUUAAA